UUACUGGUAGACAAGAUGACGUCACCUGUCUGGCUCGCACGCGCCCGGAGGAGGAGCGCCAGGACGCGACAGAGGAAGAAGAAGGGGGGAGGAAUAAAAAAAGAAAAACCUCCAACCAUCAACGGGUCACGAACUAUGACCUUUAACAGCAGAAAAGCAAAACAAUCCAUUUUAUAAAAUACCACCUAGCUCCGAAAUCUUCAUUCGACCACUCAUUGAGUCCUCACUAAUGACCUUACAUUAUCAUCAUCAUGACGGCCAACCUGAAUUUGCUCCCUCAGCAGAAAGUGGAAUUUGAGGCAGAGGUGAGUGUGGCUUCUAGCCCUGCAGACUCUGCGAUGAGUCAGUCACCUCAGCGCUUUCAGGUCGUGUCUAGUGAGGCUUCAGCAACAUCACAGCAGAUACAGAUUGUAACUGACUGGCAGAGGGGUCAGGAGAUUCAGAUCGUGACUGCCAUGAACCCUUCAAGUUCUCCCAAGCAGCAAUUCAUUCUGACCACAUCGGACAGCUCCGGGGGAGGAAAGCUCAUUCUGACCUCUCCGGACAACCACAACACAAAGCAGCUCAUCUUUACAUCUUCAGACAACCUGAUGCCAGGAAGGAUACAGAUUGUCACAGAUCCACUGUCAGUGGAGCAGUUACUCGCCCAAUCAGGCGAUCUGAGUCGGACGCAGACGGUGGAGUACUGUGUGGUGUGCGGAGACAAGGCUUCAGGUCGUCACUAUGGAGCAAUGAGUUGUGAGGGAUGCAAAGGCUUCUUCAAGCGGAGUGUCAGGAAAAACCUGACCUACAGCUGCCGCAGUAAGCAGGACUGCGUCAUUAACAAGCACCACCGCAACCGCUGCCAAUUCUGUCGCUUGAAGAAAUGCCUCAACAUGGGGAUGAAGACUGACUCCGUUCAGAGCGAGAGGAAGCCUGCCGAUGUUGUGCCCAGAGAGAAACAUGUCAACUGCGCACCCUCCACCCAGAAAAUCUACAUCCGCAAGGACAUUAACAGUCCACUCAUCGCCACGCCAACCUUCAUCUCGGACACGGAGACGGACGGCUCCAGAUCGAGCCUGCUGGACCAGGGGAUGUUGGUUAACAUCCAGCAGCCGCUCAUGCAGAGCGAUGGAACGCUGGUGCUGACGUCUGACUCAAAGAUGGAGUCUGGACACGGUGACCUCGGGACGCUGGCGAACGUGGUGACAUCACUGGCCAGCCUGAGCGACUCCUUAAAACAGAACUUGAAAAAUGGAGAUUCGUCAGAGUGCCAAUAUGUGGAAAAAAACACAACCGAGAUAACACGUGCCUUUGACACUCUGGCCAAAGUCCUCAAUCCACCUGAAGCGGGCGUAAUAACGGACAAGUGCGUUAGUGAAACGACCUUUCAGCUCAUUGGCCAAGACCAGGAGACCCCGAUCAUUGAGGUGGAAGGGCCUCUGCUGACCGACGGCCAUGUUAAAUUUAAGCUGACCAUGCCCAGUCCCAUGCCCGAGUACCUGAACGUACACUACAUCUGCGAGUCGGCCUCCAGGCUUCUCUUCCUCUCCAUGCAUUGGGCUCGAUCCAUCCCUGCCUUCUUAGCCCUCGGGCAGGAAGAAAACACCGGUUUGGUGCGAGCCUGCUGGAACGAGCUCUUCACUUUGGGUCUCGCUCAAUGCGCUCAUGUGAUGAACCUGUCCACCAUCCUGGCUGCCAUCGUCAACCAUCUUCAGAGCAGCGUCCAGGAUGACAAGCUGUCAGGGGAGCGGGUGAAGCAGGUGAUGGAGCACAUCUGGAAGUUCCAGGAGUUCUGCAACAGCAUGACCAAGUUGGAGACAGACAACUACGAGUACGCCUACCUGAAGGCCAUCGUCUUGUUCAGUCCCGAUCACCCCGGUGUGGACUGCGGUGGACAGGUGGAGAAGUUUCAGGAGAAAGCCUUGAUGGAGCUCCAGGAUUACGUACAGAAAACAUAUCCGGAUGACACCUACAGGUUGACUCGCAUCCUGACCCGUCUCCCGGCGCUGCGCCUCAUGAACUCCAACAUCACCGAGGAGCUCUUCUUCACCGGCUUGAUCGGCAACGUCUCCAUCGACAGCAUCAUUCCUUACAUCCUCAAGAUGGAGACGGCCGAGUAUAACAGCCAGGACGUCGACCCCGCCGAGUGACGGGAGAAUCUUGUCCAAAUCUCCACUUCAGGUACCGGUUGUUCAAAUUUCCAUUUGACGUCAAGAGAAGAAGAGUCUGACUAGAUAGAGUUUGUAGACAAACGUCCAACUUCCCCCUUUGCCUGCAUUUCAAAUGUAUGUUUUAAUACGUAUGAGUUGCCUUACCUGGUCAUGCGCUUUUGGUGGAAGCAAUUUUCGGAAUCUAAAUACGCAUCGCAAUGGCUUUACUUAUCUCUCGUUUGAUUAUUAUUAUUAUUUCUUUUCCCUGAUGAAUCCAUGUGACUGACAACUGGAAGGAAAGUGAGCAUCUAUCAGGUUCGCAUUUGUACUCGUGUAACAGCAGCACAACAGACCUCAAGUUUUCUUCUGGAAGCAAAGUGCUUUCAUUUUUCAUAGACAUUUUUUUUCUUCCACUCGAUUGGCCAAAUUAUUUAAUUAUGUAUAUGAUUUUUUUUUUUUCGAAACAGCAUCUUUGAGGUUGUAAGUGCUUUUUUUUUUUGAUGCACACAUUUCAUGGCUGUAUCCCGUGCAAUCGCCCCAUCACUUUUCCCUUUAUGACAAUCAUGAUUUCUUGACAUCCUAUCCCAUCAGUGUUUGUCUCCAUUUUGUACGUUUAUUUAUCGAAAAGCAUUUAUUUUUUACAUACCAUGUCGCUUGUGUGUAGCUACGCUACCGUUUUUAGUGCUUGUGUUUGUUCAGCGCACAUCGGUCCGAUUUUGUGGCAUUCUUCCACAUCAAUCCUGACUGAACUUUGGCGUUUUGUAUGUUUUCUGAGAACUACAAUUUUGCUCAUUGCAUACUAAGUGUACUUAAGUCGUUUUGGGCAGGAUUCCCUAAUUUUAAGAAAAAUGAAAAAGACAAAAAAUAUAUUUGGAAGCCCGUCUCAAGACUUAUGCAGCUGCUUCCUGCUUGUACGAAGGGUCAGAAAAUGUAUCCAUGAAUGACAAUGAAAAUCUACAGUAAAUAAAUUAAGAAUAUAUAUGAAUGGUAAUGUGGGUUUAAAACUCAUUGAGACUGUUUGUAAAGGUGUUUGUGCAAACUUAUCCUUUGUACAUGUAAUCUCAUUCAAAUGAGUGCAUGUUGUUUUUAAGCAAUUUUCUAAUGUUUAUGCCGUCUGCCCUAUUAACCAUCAUUUUAUAGCGCAUCGUUGUGCAUGAAGGAGUGGCUCAUUGCAUUUUAUUAAAUGCUGUAUGAUAAAAGUUUAUUUAAAUGUUGUGGCUUUAACAAUACUAUGAACAAGACUUUUUUUUUUCUUCAUUUUUGGGGUUUGAGUUUUCUUGUAUGACAUACAAUAUGUCCAUUUUUGUGCAUAUAUGGUUUUCUUCAAACAGUACAUUUAUGUCAUUGUUUGACCCAGAAGUGAUUGCAACCUUAUUUCUACCUCACAGAUGAAAAUGUAACCCAAUGUAUUAACAUUCCAGUCUCUGAGACUGUUUUUGUCGAAGCCACACAGCAUAAAUAAACUGUUAUUCAUCCAC